AUGUCACGAUCAGAUACAGUUGAAGAACAGAAAUAUGGUGGGGGAAAUGAAGCCUCUGGAGGGUUAGAGGAGAGCGCGCCUGAUGCCCCGACAAGACACGGAGGACGGGAGAACAUCAAGGUGCUGGUGCGCAUACGCCCACUGCUGCCCAACGAGGCGGGACCCGUCGCCGUCGUAGUAGGGGAGGGAAACACGAUACGCGUGAAAGGAGCGACAACACAGAGGCAACUGCAAUGUCGCUACGAUGCCGUGAUUGGGUCAGAGGUAUCCCAAGAGGGGGUUUUCUCGCAUGUUCGCGAAUGUACGUCGGCUGUCCUUGCGGGCGAGCACUCAAGCAUUUUUGCAUACGGACAAACCGGAUCGGGCAAGACGUACACGAUGUUUGGGCCCGAUUUAGACGCGAACGGAGGCACAGCGCCGGGAUAUGGCAAGGGAAUCAUCCCUUUGGCGGUCACCGAUUUGUUCCAGGGGCUGGAAAUGGGUGACGCUGGCGAAUCUUCAGUGUGGUGCAGCGGCGUCCAGAUCUACAACGAACAGCUUUUCGACAUGCUGAGAGAUCCACAGAGAAUUCAUCCACUCGCCAUACACGAGCAAGCGGAAGCUGGGAUUUACGUACAAGGGCUCAGCGAGUAUGCGGUCCGCAGCGCCGGGGAAUGCCUUCAGUUGUUGCGUGUCGGGAGAGAACACAGUUCCGAGAAGUGGGACGUGAAGCAAGAUAUGGCAGAGGUUCGUGUUAGCGAGAUGACGAACAUCAACGUAUCCUUGCACACGCUCGGGCGCGUGAUUGCCGCGCUAAGUGCCCCCAAUUCCCACGGCGAGGGGGGCGCGCGCAAGGGCCAUGUACCGUAUCGAGACUCCAAGCUCACACGGCUCCUUCAAGAUUCUCUCGGAGGGAACACCAGGACGAGGAUCAUCGCCACACUGUCGCCGGCAAGCCAGUCUAUAGAUGAGACUAUCAGCACGCUACGCUUUGCUGAUCGAGCAAAGCAAGUCAUGACCUUUGUCAGGGUGAAUGAGCACCGCCCUGUAGACCACGCGCUGGUCCAUCGCUUGCAGGCUGAGGUGAAACAUCUGCGUGGGUUACUCCAAGAUACGACCGAGGCUCGGAGCCUUCGCGAAGAGGCACCCGAUGGGCCCACGCGGCCUCCUGCUCUCACGGCUCUUGUUGAAGCCCAGAGGCUGGCUUACCAGGAGACGAUAGAUCAGUUGCGUCGGGAAAACACGGCCCUCAGAGAAAAUCAAGGUCCCAAGGCAGUCGACAGAAGUGAUAACAAGCCGGGGCAAAUGGAAUCGGACGUUGCCACCCUGCAAGCGGCGAAUGGGGCAUUGGCAGCCGCUAUCGAGCACAUAGUACUCGAUAUUCGGCGUUUCUUCAGAUUCGACAUUGAGGAAGAAGAUCUGCGCGCCGAUCUGGCCAAAUUGUUGACUCAAUUGAGCGUUAGUAUCCCCGGGGGAGCGAGGUGGUGCAACAGGUUGAACGUGUCGACAUCUAACUCUUGCUCUGCAUUAGCUGCCGCUCCGCAGACGAUUCGGCAAGGAAUACAUGCGCAACAGCAUCCGAGCUUGCAUGAGAAAACAAUCCCCGGAGAGGCGCAGAGCGAAACACGAGGGGGCUUGCCCGCAGCUAGUCAACCGUGGAAAGGAGGGGUUGCAGCCGGGGGGCAGCUCCACCAGGAAAAGUUGCAAAGCAAACACGUUGCGUUGCCCCCAGUCACGCCAAGGAAAGACCGCACGUCGGAGAAGUUGGCUUAUCGUCUUCGUGGCAAGCACGCAGAUGAGGUGGUGGUAGUGAUGAAGAAGGAGAUGACGGAAAAGGACGAGGAGCUGCAGCUUCGGAAAGAACUAAGGCUGGCUAAGGAACGCAUGAAGAAGAACAUCCAGCUGCAGGCAUGGCUGUUGCAAAAGGAACAGCGGGAAAUAGAGAUGCUCCAAAGCGAAUCAGAGAAACGGGACGAACUUGAUCGAGAUCGACGAAGAAAAGACGAAGAAUUUCGACGACGAGCCGCGAAGCAGAAAGCUAAGCUGAAGAGGUAG